UAAUACGAUGCCUCAGACAAACCAUACCCCUGCGGAAGAUCAUACUACGAUGGACAAACCGGUUAUGACUUUACCUCCUUCCCUAAAUGCACAUUCAAGACUUCUUCGAGAAACAUGGAAGACGGCCCGUCGACUUGAGGACGCCGUUAUUCACUAUCCUGAGAGUUGGGAGCCAUUUAAGCAGGUAUCGAUACCUCUGGGUGCCGACAAGGAAAGGAUAAGUGAUUUGGAAACAGAGAUAUCGCGAGGUUCUACAACAUCGGAUUCUUCCAAUGACCCUAAGCCGAGGAGACGCAGGACAUCCCCCCUUUUGGCGACCCCUUCUUCACCUAUACAAACUGUAAUCAAAUUUUAUCCUUCCGUACGAUCCUCAACUCGCUUGCGUGGGCAAUGGGUGCUUUUACUUGCACUUUAUGACCCAUAUUGUACGGAUGUCUGGGUCAUUGGAAAUUCCGAAUACUUUGACAAAUGGGCCGAAAACUGGC